GCUCCUCCUCCAGACUUCCGCUCGAUACAUGCACUUCUCACAAAUCUACCUUGGGUUCGCAUUGUGGUAUACGCUGAUAGCUUCUCUACCAGCCUCCCACCCUCAUCUCAACGUCUUCUUCGUGGAUUGCUGCUGGUCUUCACUCAACCUUAGCAGCUCGAACGGUCAAUUCUUCCCUUGUUCUUUGUCCCUGGGCCUGAAACUCCCCUCGACAAAUACCUCGGUCGCCCCUCCCGAACACUUUCCACUCUUACGAAUUGAAAGAAUUCGGACAAGUUCGUCCCAUCAGACGUUCAUAUCCCGUCGCCUGCCAUCGUGCAGGUCUGGCUGGGACUCCUGUUGGUGCAGGAUGAGCCUUUGAGCAGACGUGCUCGGGACUGAUUGAAAUACAUUCUACACCACAUCAACAAGCAUGGCGACGCUUGUCGUCCAACAACAACCCUCUGUUCGACAGUCUACCACUCCACCUCCAGUCGGCCCAACAAUUACCCUCAAUCAACCCCGAUCCUCCACUCCUGUACCCAACAAACACCUCCCAUAUUGUCCUCCUGGACCUGUACCAUCACAAUCCCAGAUCACUCCACCAAAUUCACCUCCGCUUCGAAACGUCGCCCCCAAACCCACUUCGCUGCUCUAUCCUCCGCACAACUACACUAAGUUGUGCAACUCCCCACCUAUCUAUGGUAUCAGUGCAAAAGGCCUUGCCGAAGCGCUCGAUCACUAUGCCUCUCAACCUCUCCCAAACCCCGGUUCGGUCUUCCCUUGGCUUCAUGGCUUGCACCCAGAAAACAGCAUUCAAAUGGCCUUCUUUGUGGCAAGAAAGAAGUCGUUGAGACGGAUUCCAAAAUGCAUUCGAGGUAUAACCAUCAUAAAGGCUGGUGGGGAUCUCAGUCGGGCACGCAUCAAGGGCGCCCUCGCCCCAGAUGAGAUCUUCAACCUGUCAGACAGCAAUGGCCGAGGUUUUCUGGAAUGUGAUCCAAAAGAGGGCUUCUCAGUACGCAACUUUCACAUCCAGGCUGCGAAAAUGGCUCUAGUGUCGGAUGUUGUUGUUUAUGGCGACGAGGACACUGACCAUCGAAUCAUCAAGUCCGUUGCUGAGAGGGCCGCAUCUGUACAGAAGAGAUGGCGCCGAGAGUUGGAAAACUUGGGACAGUGCCCAGAGACUUUCAAUACGUUUGUCCUUACUCAACCUUUCGAGGAUUUUGAACAAGAUUAUCCAGAAUUGGUGGCCAUCGACUCUCAAGGCCACUAUCCGGACCACAGUCUAGACUUUCUCCAGCAAGAACGACGCGAAAUGUGCGCCAUGUCGAAGGCUUCCGAGAUUUCUCACGGCGUCUUCCAAGGUCCAUCCCCCGGACCCCAUACCCUCCCGCCAUCAACCAUGGACGAUCCAUCCUUUGACCUCUACAUCGAGGCUAGCGACCAUGCAUCCAUCCCGGAUGAGAAAAUGCUAGCAACCAAGUUGAAACAACUCCAAGAUCGACAGGACAACAAGCCUGUUCAUCUCGCCUUUCCCAGUUCAGGGAGCAUUCUGCCGCCAUCUUGGUCGCAAGCCGAGGCUGAUGGGAUUCUGCGGAUGUGUCACUGGUUGUACGACUUGACGCAUGCCAGGAAACCCGUGAGCGGGACUCAAGAUGAUGAUGGCGAUAUCCAGAUGACUGAAUUUUCACCUCAAUCUCGACGAGUGCUUUUGCAUUGCGCCGAUGGCUAUACAGAAACCUCGAUGUUGGCUGUGGCUUACUUCAUGUUUGCUGAAGGCCUUCCAGUUCACGAUGCUUGGAUUCGUUUGCACACCGAGAAGCAGCGAAAUUUCUUCGCGUAUCCUUCCGAUGUGGCCCUGUUGAUGGCGGUCCAAGACCGGCUGUUGAAGGAGAGCCCAAAAUUUGUCGGCACAAAGGUUCCCCAACUACCAGCGCCUGCGUGGUUGUCCAAGCUGGAUGGCAGCCUUCCUAGUCGGAUCCUGCCAUACAUGUAUCUGGGCAACCUGACGCAUGCGAAUAAUCCAGAAAUGCUUCGUCUUUUGGGUAUCCGUCGCAUCCUCAGUGUCGGAGAACCAGUGGCGUGGUCGGGAAACGAAGUACAAUCUUGGGGUCGAGAAAAUCUGCUUAUGGUCGAUCGGGUUCAGGACAAUGGGAUUGACGAGCUUUCGCCUGAAAUGGAUCGCUGUUUGAAGUUUAUUGGUAAGUCAUCAUCAUUCAAAAGCGAUUCGUGGGCUCACCGUUGUUCAGAAAAGGGAAAAUCAGAUGGUACAGCUACACUGGUGCAUUGUCGCGUUGGAGUUAGUAGAUCUGCCACGAUUUGCAUUGCAGAGGUCAUGGCAAGUCAAGGGUUGAGUUUUCCAAGAGCAUAUUGUUUUGUGCGUGCACGGCGUCUGAAUGUCAUCAUCCAGCCGCAUCUCAGAUUCGUGUAUGAGUUGAUGAAGUGGGACGAGCAACAGCAAGCCAAGAGGGGCGAGCCCGUGAAAAGGGAACUCGAAUGGGCCGUUGUAGCAAGAGAAAUUGCUGCCAUGAACAGGCCUUACUCUCGGACAUGAGAUGUGUUUGUGCGGCGCCGCAGGCUCGCAGCCGCAUAUCUUUACAACCUGGAGAAGACGAAAGCGACGCUUGCUUUCUGGCAUGUCUGGUCCGGUGUGACGAUGACAUGAGAAUCAUGAUUGCUGUUAUGGAUGUAUACGAAGUAAUGAACUGACGAUUCUGGGAUAUUUGGUAGGCUGGAUUCAAUACCUGAAGAGCACAAUUUGGGUGGCUGCGGCUCGUUUACUGGCAAGGGUACUGUGUCAGUCAAAUAGCCUGGCUACAGGGAUUGGGCUAAAUCUGUGAUACAUGUGCUGGGCCCUUGGAAGUUGUGAAUGCUCGCGACGUCAAAAGCGGGAUUUCGAUGAUGAUGUGAUACAGCGUGAGACACUUUGCAGAGCUCAAUGUUUUGUCCAAGAAUCGUGUAUGUGUGUGUAGCGGUUUUCACUGUGGGUAAUCAGGCCCACUUCAGCACAUCAACGUGGUUGGCAUCGAACAAUACUAGUACCACAUCGG